UGAGAAUAAGAUGAUAGGUUGGGACAAAGCUGCACCAAUGGUUGGGACGACGAUUAGUGAAUUACCCGAUGAUUUGCUCAUCAAGAUAUUGUCGUAUCUCUCUACAGAGGAUGCAGUGGUUACCAUGCUUUUGUCCAAACGAUGGCAAUCUAUUUGGAAGAUGGUACCACAACUCACGUACAUGGAUAGUGACUAUAAUCAUCGAAAGAAAGGAAGUGUUUGGUGGUUUAUGGACCAGUCAUUGCAACUUCAUAAGGCUCCUGUAAUAGAAAGCUUGAUUAUAGAACUCGGUGCAAGAUGUCCUGAUAAUGAUGUUGGAAAGUUUCUUGUCAAUGUAGUUAAGUGCAGGGCGCAUAAGCUUCGGUUCAAGCUCAGCUAGUUGUCAAAGCCUAUCAGCUUGCCGGAGAGCUUUUACAUAUGCGAUAAACUUGUUUCUCUUUACGUUUCCGACAAGAUUCUCGUGGAUGUUCCUUCUCCAGUUUGCCUCCCAUCCCUAAAAACUCUUUCCCUUGAGUCUGUCGUAUAUAAAGAUGAAGAUUCUCUUGUUAGGUUUUUAUCAGGUUGUCGUAUUCUCAAGCAUUUAUAUGUAGAAAGACAUGACCAAGACAACGUGACAAUGUUUAGUGUGAACGUGCCUUCUCUAGAGACCUUAUGUUAUAUUUACUUGAAACUAGGAGUAGGGAAUGUUGGAUCUUUGGUUAUUGGUUCUGCAACUUUAAGAAAACUCUUCAUCCAAGAUCAUUCGGGAAACUCUUGCUCCAUUGAAAACGAACCUCGCCUUGAUUAUGCCCUUGUUGGCUUAAAUUGUUAUCUUGAUGACAAGUUUAUGGCAUCUCUUUCCUCCGUCAUGUAUCUCAAGUUAUAUUUGAGAUCUAAAACUGAUCCGUAUUGUACCUCCAUUAAGUUCUCCCAGCUUAGAACGUGUACUAUUCGUCCAAUUCGGAUACAAUGGUUGGAACCAUUCAUGCAUUUUCUUCAAAAUUCUCCUAAACUAAAAGUUCUUCGCAUCGACACGUCAAAUAUACGACAUGAGGGUUUCCCACGUUUGUUCAACCGACAAAGUUCUUUUCCAGAGUGUUUAUCAGCCCAUCUUGAGAUCUUUGAGUGGAAACAAUAUGGAGGACAUUACGAAGAGAAAGAAGUCGUAAAAUAUAUACUGGCCAACUCUAAGUGUUUAAAAAGAGCUAGAAUCUCCAUUGAAUCAACUACUUCUGGUGAAGAUGAAAGGCGGAUGAGAAAAGAGUUAGAAUCUAUGUAUAGGGUUUCACCAUCAUCUCAGCUUCUUUUCUCCACUCAAUUCAAGACUGUGAUCUCCUUUCAAGAUGUAAUCAAUCUCUGAUCUAUAGUAAGGAUCAUAUAUGUCAUUAGGCUUCAAACUUCAUUAUUCUAUAGUUUUUAUAUUGUUAUUCAAGUUCUUUGGAAACCAAGAUUAUGAAAUCGUUGUUUAAUACUUUAUAGAAAUUAUAAUUUGUUUCUAUUUUGUUA